CUUUCGUACAUCAUGAAGCCUCACUUUCAAAAAUCAAGAGUCGUUUGACCACACAUUUAUUCACACAUGCUGCGAGUAAUCUGCAUAGCAUUGCUGUCACUACCACAAGUUUUCUUCAAUACACGUCUGAAACUCUGCCUUUCGAACUCUAUCGGCUUUUCUCUCUUUCCAUUACUCUCCUUGAAAUUUCUCGUUACCACAAUGAAACAUUAGUUCGAACAUACAGAACUAGUACUAAUAAGACGACCAGAUUCAACAACAUGUCGACUCCUCCAACCGUCACACAGAUUGACUCGCAGGUCGAGCAGCAUGACCUGAAGAAGAUUGCCAGCGGCAAGGUUCGCGAGAUCUACGAAGUUGAUGCUAAGACACUCCUCUUUGUCGCCACAGACCGCAUCUCGGCCUACGAUGUGAUCAUGAAGAACGGUGUUCCUCAGAAGGGCGCCCUUCUCACUCUCAUGACGGCUCACUGGUUCAACCUGUUCAAGGAGAAGAUCCCCGACCUCAAGACUCACUUGCUCAGUGCUUCCGUGCCUGAUUCAGUGGCUUCAUCGCUCCCUGCGGAUGUUAGCGCUCAAUUGCGUCUGCGUACCAUGCAUGUUCGUCGCUUGAAGGUUCUGCCUCUGGAGAGCAUCGUUCGUGGUUAUAUUACUGGUUCCGCUUGGUCGGAGUACAAGAAGACUGGUACUGUUCACGGUAUUGCCAUGCCCAAGGGUCUUCAGGAGAGUCAGAAGCUUGAGAAGCCUCUCUGGACUCCCAGCACCAAGGCCGAGGUCGGUGACAAGGAUGAAAACAUCAGCCCUGAGGAAGCCACCAAGAUCGUUGGCGAGAAGUACGCAAAGAAGAUUGAGGAGCUGAGUUUGAAGGUCUACCAGAUCGCUAGAGACUAUGCUGCCGAGCGUGGUAUUAUCAUCGCCGACACAAAGUUCGAGUUCGGUCUCGAUGUCGACACUGACGAGGUUAUCCUUGUGGAUGAGGUUCUCACCCCUGACAGCUCUCGCUUCUGGCCUGCAGACAAGUAUGAGCUUGGCAAGUCACAAGACAGCUUCGACAAGCAAUACCUGCGUGAUUGGCUGACCAAGGAAGGUCUCAAGGGCAAGGAUGGAGUCGAGAUGACCGAGGCAGUGGUCAAGGAGACAGCAAAGAAGUACCGUGAGGCUUUCGAGAUGUUGACUGGCCAGAAGUGGGAUGAUGUGGUCAAGAGCAGUGCCUAGAUGGGCCCUUUGAGCGAUCUUCCAUGCACAUAUUCACUUUGAUACAAAUACAAUGAAACUUGACAUUUUCUCUGCACAAAAUCUAGACUUUCUUGAAGAUGGAAAAUACGAAACAUUUGCGUAGCGUAGAACGGGGAGUGGUAUUCGUAAAAAGAGCCCUCAAUUCAACAUGGCUCAGAGGCAUGUACUUUUCUUUGUAAUAACGCCUCAUGCAGUCAGAUCACGACCAUUGGUAUGCCAUUGCUCCUUGCCGGGAUGAUUGUAUGGAAGUGUUCAGAAGACUCGAUGCCAUUUUUUGGUAAAUUCCAUAAAAAAACUCCCCACCCACAGCUAGCAAAAAAAGAGGCCCCGGGUUGCUCAUCAUCAUGGUCCACGCUUAGAUGGCAGUGUC